CUGCCACAGUGUGUGUGUCGCUCCAAUCUUGACUUCCACUUGGUGUGAACAGUUUUUUGGUCACUGUUUUAGCGACAUAAUCAGUACUUGAAGUUAUAUUAACGUCACGUACGAUGUACUGCCUAACAAAAUCUUCGAGUCAGUUUGCAGAAUUAAGAGAGGGAGGCUCCCCUGUCACUUUAAAUUACAGGAAAGAAGAAUAAAACCCAUGUAUGCAUAAAAUAGGCAGCCCAGCGGGAUCCUGAGAGGCGACUGAAGCAACCCUUGAGCUCCUGAAGUUACAGAGAGCGUGUGUGUGUGUGCGCGCGCGCGUGUGUGUGCAGUCCAGGAGGAUUUGACGUUCUUGUCUGACAGAGUUGGUUUCCGAGGAUCUCACAACACGAGGAAAAUGAACUCGCUGGAGAAGUGCAACAACUUCAUGCGUCAGUUCCGUGACGAUGAGUCGCGCGAGCUUAAGAAACUCACCGCCAACCAGUUCAUGGAAGUCUGGAGCCACUACGACGCUGACGGUAAUGGAUACAUCGAGGGAUCAGAGCUGGACGGCUUCCUUAAGGAAUUUGUCUCUUCAGUCAACGCAAAAGAUGCUAAUCCGGAGUCUGUGUCGGACGCCAUGUUGGUGGAACUGAAGGAGUGCUUCAUGGAGGCUUAUGACGACAACCAGGACGGCAAGAUUGAGAUCAGGGAGCUGGCACAGUUGCUGCCCAUGGAGGAGAAUUUCCUACUUCUCUUCCGAUUUGACAACCCUCUGGACUCCUCCGUCGAGUUUAUGAAGAUAUGGAAAACUUACGACAGAGACAACAGUGGUUUCAUAGAGGCAGAGGAGUUAAAGAAUUUCCUACGAGAUCUGCUGAGGGAAGCAAAGAAGGACAAUGAUGUUUCUGAAGACAAACUCCUGGAGUACACCGACACCAUGCUUCAAGUCUUCGACCAGAACAAGGACGGUAAACUGCAACUCUCGGAGAUGGCCAAAUUGUUGCCAGUUAAAGAGAAUUUCCUCUGCCGUUCAGUGUUAAAGGGAGCGUCUAAGCUGACGAAAGAGGACAUCGAGAGGGUCUUCGCACUCUACGACAGGGAUAACAACGGUACCAUAGAGAACGACGAGUUGAAUGGUUUCCUGAAGGACCUGCUGGAGCUCGUGAAGAAGGACUACGACGCGUUGGACCUGCAGGAGUUUCAGGACUCGAUCAUGAGAGGCUGCGACUUCAACAAGGACGGCAAGAUCAGUAAGAAGGAACUUACCAUGAUCCUGCUGGCCCUAGCAAAGCACGGUGCUGAGGAUGACAUGCAGACCAGUGGAAUGGGUCUGGCAGCUAACAACCCACUAGCAGAGAUCGCCACCAUGGGCAUGAAGGCCUUCAAGCUACAGAAACUACGAGUCCGCCACUUCGUUAACCGCACCCUGGGCGCUAACACCACUAGUCUCUCACACUAAUUACCACUAUCAAAAGUACUAAUACCAGUCUCUCACACUACCACUAACAGAGGCACUAACACCAGUCUCUCACACUACCACUAACAGAAGCACUAACACCAGUCUCUCACACUACCACUAACAAAAGCACUAACACCAGUCUCUCACACUACCAGUAACGGACGCACUAACACCCGUCUCUCAAACUACCACUAACA